GGCGAAGACGCCCUCUGACGCGGCCGGGCGCCGCCGGUAGAAGGCAGCCAUGGAGCGGGACGGCCAGCAGCUGUCCGCGCGGCCGGCUCUGGAGACCGAGGGGUUGCGCUACCUGCACGUCACGGUGGGCUCCCUGCUGGCCACCUAUGGCUGGUACAUCGUCUUCAGCUGCAUCCUUCUCUACGUGGUGUUUCAGAAGCUUUCCACCCGGCUGAGGGCCUUGAGGCAGAGGCAGCUGGACCGGCCUGAAGCAGCCGUGGAACCUGAUGUUGUUGUUAAACGACAGGAGGCUCUAGCAGCCGCUCGUUUGAAAAUGCAAGAAGAAUUAAAUGCACAAGUUGAAAAGCAUAAGGAAAAACUAAGACAGCUUGAGGAACAAAAAAGGAGACAGAAGAUUGAAAUGUGGGAUAGCAUGCAAGAAGGGAAAAGUUACAAAGGAAAUGCAAGAAAGCCUCCGGAAGAAGACAGUCCUGGGCCUUCUACUUCAUCAGUCCUGCCGAAACGGAAACCUGAUCGAAAGCCUCUGCGGGGAGGUGGUUACAACCCACUAUCUGGUGAAGGAGGUGGAGCCUGCUCCUGGAGACCUGGACGCAGAGGCCCGUCAUCUGGUGGAUGAGGCUAAGAAUCUUGUUAGUGUCACUUUGGACAUUAGCAAGAUGAAUCCGUAACCCUCAAUUCAACUGCCUUACGCGCAUGCUUUUCACAGUGACUAGCCAAGGGGAGUGGGGUUUAUUUCUGUUCUUAACCACACAUGCAUCUUUAUUGGUUGAAGUCAGCAUAGGAUAAUAGCACCACUAGCAGUAGUGACAGUUCGUCACACUUCACUAAAGCCAGUGACUGCAUUCAUUGAUUCAUGGGUAAUUUCUAGGUGGUAGAUAAAGCCCACCAGGUGAUUAACAAUCUUGAUAAAAUUAAUGGUUCUUCAAGUUAGAAGUUGUUGCAGGUAGGACAGUCUCUGUGACAGGUUGCGUUGAAUGAUGUCUUCCUUGUAAACGGUGAGCCCACCAGCGAGGAUUACUGAUGCAGACAGUUGAUGGGGUUGUUUCUGUAUAUUUAUUUUUAUGUACAGAACUUUGUAAAAAAGAAACUGUAAAUAUUAAAAAAAUACAAAAAAAAAAACAU